UAUACGACAUCCGGUGGUUGGGAGUUAGUGAAAAGUUUGAUUGUUGGACGAUACAGCGCCAGUGCAGUGACUUUGAAUGGUAAAAUUUACGUAGUGGGCGGUACAAAUGAUCAUAAGGCUGAAUGCUACAACCCGGAUUCGAAUACUUGGACUUCUUGUACGGAUAUUAGAAAUGAUUACCAAUGGUCACCUGGUGUAGCUGUACAUAACGGUCACAUUUAUGUUUCAGGCGGUAAAAGUGUUGAACGUUACGAUCCUCAGCGAAACAUGUGGUCUCAGAUUUGCUCUUUGGAAGGUUACAAUAACUCUUUAGUAUCGCUGGACAAUAAACUAUGGGCUAUUUGGAAGCACUCAGCAUGUUAUCCGGAGGCAUGUGUAUCAGUCUAUAUCGAGGACCGUUGGAAACAAAAGUGCUCAAUUCCCAAAUCUAACGUGGUGAACUGUUUUGUUGUGCCAGUAUCCUUACUGUCCGACGACAAUGAUUAAAAAUUGUACCUUUUUUUAUUUAAUAAAUUCUUAUCAAAUAAAUUCUCUUAUAAGAAAUAAUAAAUAAUAAA